AUGGAUAACCCUUUUAUCAGAGCUAAACUGAUCAAUGGAAAAGUUGGUGGCUCCAUUGUUCUGAAACCAGGUCAGAUUUCAGAGCCCAUCCAGACAGUAACAUGGAGGCACAAAGUGGACCUCACCUCAAAGGGUUCUUGGCAGGAUAUUAAAAGUUGCAAACAUUUUAAACGUCGCUGUGACUUUGAUAAAACAAGUGGAAGUUUGACCAUCAACAGUCUGACUCUAGAGGACAGCGGCAGCUACAUAGCUGAGAUCAACAACAAAGUUCUGGAGAAGAAGAAACUCCAGGUUAUCAAACCGGUCCCAAAACCCACAGUGUCCAUAAAGUGCAAUAAGGAAAAGACCAGCUAUAGUCUGACCUGUGAAGCCCAAGUCACUGCUGACUUUGGACCUGUGACGUAUAAAUGGAAAACAGGUGACACAGAGUUGUCCACCGACAAGGAGCUGCUGAUAACAACGGAGAAUAAGGAAAGCUCCUUUUUCUGUGAGUUGGUAAACCCUGUCAGCAGCUGCUCCAGUGAAAUAAUGGAUAACCCUUUUAUCAGAGCUGAACUGAUCAAUGGAAAAGUUGGUGGCUCCAUUGUUCUGAAACCAGGUCUGAUUUCAGAGCCCACCCAGACACUAAUAUGGAGGCACAAAGUGGACCUCACCUCAAAGGGUUUUUGGGAGGAUAUUAAAAGUUGCAAACAUUUUAAAGGUCGCUGUGACUUUGAUGAAACAAGUGGAAGGUUGACCAUCAACAGUCUGACUCUAGAGGACAGCGGCAGCUACAUAGUUGAGAUCAACAACAAAGUUCUGAAAAUGAAGGAACUCCAGGUUAUCAUAACUGGAAACAAAAAACUGCUCUGCAGAAACAAGGCAGGUUGCCUGUACAAGAAGAACGCUGACAUCGCAAGGAAGGCCCAGUUCCUGAGGAAGCAGCAGAAGAUCAAAUCCACGUGUGUAAUGACCUCAGAAACCUGGACCCAAUGA